AUGGCGGCGUCGGGUCCCUCCGCGGACGGCAACACCAACAUCCCAGAUUAUGAAUACACUGAUGUGAACACCACAGCUUUUCACAUCGGCUCGUUCAGAAACGAGUGGCUGAGCAGACUGAAGGCGGAAGACUGCUCCUACCAGCAGGAGGACGACGACGCGUUCGAUGCUAACUUUGCUAAAGAGAUGGGGGUCGCUGCGGAGACCAUGACCGAACUGAAAUCCAUCUGCAGUCUCGAUUCACUCCGUUGCCAUCCUGAGGAUGAGCAGCCUGAUACAGAAGUUGUACCUCCAGACCCGACACUUAAAACACUAGUACAAAGGAAAAAGAAACAAGAUUACAGAGCUUCUCUGAAAGUCACUAAGAAUAGACAUGACCUCUACGCAGAUGAACUGGAGCGUUUAACUGUUGGCAGAAGACCAGAAGAAGUGGCUGACUUGGUCCCGGAAGGAGAAGUCAUUCUAACCAUCAACAUCUACUACCCUGCCAUUUUUGAGAAAUUUAACUACAUCAGACCCCACAUGACUCUGCUGAUGACAGGCUCCCACAGCUUGGCAGAGCUCAGGGAUGCUAUUUGCUGUGUCAGCGACUUGCAAGUGUGCGGCGAGUUCAGCAACACGCCGGACAUUGCUCCAGACUUCAUCAGCAAAGAUCAUUACAAGUCAGCUUUCUUCUUCUUCGAAGGAGUUUUCUACAAUGACAUGCGAUUCCAAGAGUGUCAAGACAUCAGCAUGACUGUGAUUGAAUGGGCAAAGGCCCGCAACUUCCCACCCCACAGCCAGGCAAAGAUGGAGGACACACAGUUUGUGGAUCUGAAGGUAAAAGUGGGCUUUCCUUACCUCUACUGUCAUCAGGGAGACUGCGAGCAUCUCGUCAUCAUCACAGACGUCAGACUCGCCCACAGGAACGACUGCCUGGACAAGAAGCUUUACCCACUUCUCACUCACAAGCACAGGGUCACCACCCAGAAGUGUGCAGUUUGCCAUGUCUUCAUUGGCAGAUGGUUCACUACCAACGACCAGUUUGCUCCGAGUGAACCGUGUCUGUUCUGUGACAAGUGUUUCCGCAUGCUUCACUACGACUCUGAGGGCAACAAGCUGGGGGAUUUUCUGGCCUAUCCCUAUGUGGACCGCGGUGCCUUCAACUGAAGCUUUUCUUUAGUGAACGGCUCAGAUUACUGAUUUAAUGCUGUAUAAUACAGUUAAAUAUCUUCGUAUUUCAGAAAGAAAUGUUUUAAGAU